AGAAAGUAUCUUUAUUUACAAAGUUGAAGCUUAAAACCCACGCACAUAAAAAACGCAGGGAAACUCAGACUCAGAGAUGGCGGUGAGCAAGGAGCAAGUUGAAUCAACCUUAAAGUCCAAGCUCAAUCCUUCUCAUCUUGAUGUUAUCGACACAUCUGGGGGUUGUGGUGCAAGUUACAGCAUUGAGAUUGUAUCACAAGAAUUUGAAGGAAAAAGACUGCUGGAGAGGCACCGGCUGGUGAAUUCUGCGUUGGCGGAAGAGAUGAAACAUAUUCACGCUCUCUCCAUAACAAAGGCUGUGACCCCUGAUCAAUGGAAAGAGCAUGAGGCCAAAAAGUCUCAACAAGAUGCCUGAAAUAUACGGGUAAACCUAUUAUACUAGUAGCAUGUCUAGCUGGAAAUUUGCCAAACUUACUCUCGUCUAUCCAUCCCAUGGCUUUGUAACAGAAGAACGCUAACAUGAGAGCGUUGGGAUCCUGUUAAUGCCUUAUGGGAAGUACUGUUGCUUAGAAUAAUUUGGCUUAAUAUUUUCAUUUCUGGCUUGUGCUUGCUCAAGUAUAUCAAGCUAUUCACUA